AUGGCGCCCUCCUAUAUUGGCAUGAGUGGGCGGCCACUGUCGCAGACAGUGUCGACCAUUGCGACGAUGGGCUUCUUACUCUUCGGUUAUGACCAAGGUGUCAUGUCUGGAAUUAUCUCAUCCACCGCUUUCACCGACGUCUUCACAGCUGCGAAGGGCGACAACACAAUGCAAGCCCUAAUCACUGCAGUCUACGAGCUGGGGUGUCUCUUCGGAGCCAUGUUCGCCCUCUUUACUGCUGACAAGUUAGGUCGUCGCAAGAUGGUUAUCGGCGGUGCGGCCAUUAUGAUUAUCGGUGUCAUUAUUCAGGUCACAUCUUUUGUCGGCCACAUUCCUCUCUUGCAGUUCUUCUUCGGCCGUGUGAUCACCGGUAUUGGAAAUGGCAUGAACACCUCCACUAUUCCCACCUACCAAGCCGAGUGCUCGCGCACUAGCAACCGUGGUCUACUCAUCUGUAUCGAGGGAGGUACCAUUGCCAUCGGUACUAUGAUCGCUUAUUGGAUUGACUUCGGUGCUUCCUACGGCCCGCCUGACCUUGCCUGGAGAUUCCCCAUCGGCUUCCAGGUUAUCUUCGGCGCUAUCAUAAUCGUCGGGAUGUAUUACCUGCCCGACUCUCCACGUUUCCUCAUCUCUAGGGGCAAGGUCGAAGAAGGAGAGUACGUGUUGGCCGCUCUGGCCGGCAAGGAAAUUGAUGACCACGAGACUCAGCUACAGAAGCAACUUGUCAUUGAGUCCAUUGAAGCGGCUGGCGUCUCCGAAGGAUCUGGCUACUCCGACCUACUCACCGGCGGCAAGACGCAACAUUUCCGUCGCAUGCUGAUCGGAUCAUCGUCCCAGAUUGCUCAACAGCUUUCUGGCUGCAACGCAGUUAUCUAUUAUCUGCCAGUGCUCCUGAAGCAAUCCCUCAACCAAACCGAAUUCAUGUCCCUCCUUAUCGGCGGUGUAAACAUGAUCGUCUACGCCAUCUUCGCAACAUUCUCCUGGUUCUUCAUCGAAAAAAUCGGCCGACGUAAGCUCUUUAUUGGAGGAAUGACAGGUCAAAUGGUCUCAAUGAUCAUCGUUUUCGCUUGUCUGAUUCCUGGCACCCCCGGCCCAGCCAAGGGUGCCGUCUUCGGACUGUUCCUCUACAUGUCCUUCUUCGGUGCAUCGAUUCUCCCUCUUCCCUGGUUAUACCCAGCCGAGAUCUCGCCCAUUCGAACACGCGCCAAGGCAAACGCCGUCUCAACCUGUUCCAACUGGCUGUUCAACUUUACCGUUGUCAUGAUUACCCCCGUUAUGAUUGAACACAUCAGCUGGCGAACAUAUCUCUUCUUCGCCGUCAUGAACGCCGUCUUCAUCCCACCGAUGAUCUUCUUCUACCCCGAGACUGCCGGUCGCAGUCUGGAGGAGAUUGAUAUCAUCUUUGCCAAGGGUUUCUGCGAAAACAUGUCCUAUGUGCGCGCGGCGAAGGAGCUUCCCAAGCUGUCCGACGAGGAGAUCGAGCAGAAGGCUUUGGAGUAUGGAUUCGGCGGUGGAGGUGGUGAUGAUGCCGAGAAAGGUCACCCCGCUUCGUCCAACUCAUCGCAUCAGGGCAAUACCAAGAAGCAGGGGGAGAGUAGCCAGUUCACGGAGGAGUACUCUCAGUCUCAGUAG